GUGUAUAAAUUUAUUUUCUAGUUUCGUCAAUAUAUGAGUAUUGCUUCUCUUAAAUAAAAUAAAAAAUAAGUUAGGUACCAACCAUAGAUUAGAGAGGCUAUUGUGGAGGUUAUCUCUCCCUAAUCUAUGGAGACAGUCUUGUCAUUUUAUCUCGUUUGUUUAUUAUUUAACUUUUAAGGUUAUAACUCGUGAACUCAUAGAACUGGAUAAAUAUCUACAAAUUCAUCAUUAAUAAUGUCCAAAAGACCUGAACAUUUAGCACCGCCUGAACUGUUUUAUAAUGAAGCUGAAGCUAGAAAAUACACACAAAACUCAAGAAUAAUAGAUAUCCAAGGGCAAAUGACUGAAAGAUGUGUUGAAUUACUUUUGCUGCCAGAAGAUGCUCCUUGUUUACUUUUAGAUAUUGGUUGUGGGUCAGGUCUGUCAGGAACAGUGCUUGAGGAAAAUGGUCACAUGUGGAUUGGUAUGGAUAUAUCACCAGCUAUGCUUGAUGUAGCACUAGAACGAGAAACAGAAGGUGAUUUAAUUCUUGCAGACAUGGGUGAAGGGGUGCCAUUUAGAGCAGGCUGUUUUGAUGGUGCAGUCUCUGUAUCCGCUUUACAAUGGUUGUUCAAUGCAGACAAAAAGUCUCACAAACCUGUUAAGAGACUGUAUACAUUCUUUAGUACUUUAUAUGCUGCAUUGUCUAGGUCUGCCAGAGCUGUAUUUCAAUUCUAUCCAGAGAAUGAAAGCCAGAUAGAAUUACUCACUACACAGGCAAUGAAAGCAGGUUUCUAUGGAGGUGUAGUCAUUGAUUAUCCUAAUUCUGCAAAAGCCAAGAAAUUCUUCUUGGUACUUAUGACUGGUGGAUCAGCACCAUUGCCCAAAGCUCUAGGUACAGAAGACAUGAACGACAAUUUAGAAAUAAAAUAUGCCAGAAGAGAAGCAACAAAAAAUGCACGAGGCAAACCACUAAAAAAUACAAGGGCUUGGCUUUUAGAGAAAAAGGAGAGAAGACGGAAACAGGGGAAGGAAACUAAACCAGAUACCAAAUACACAGGCAGGAAAAGAAGUGGACGGUUUUGAAUAACAGAAACUAUAUAAUUGUAAAUAAUUUAUUAAGUUUAUAAAAAAUAUACCUAACUCAAA